UUAAGCAAGUGGGAUGGUACGCGGGUGCACAAGAGGCGCGUGCCUUCGGUUUAUAGACAGGCACCAGUCAGCGUUGAAUUUCGGCCUGCUGAUUGUCGCUUACAUCCUUUACCUCAUCGUCGGCGCCGGGAUCUUCUCCGCCAUCGAGCUGCCGUACGAAGACGCGCUCCGGCAGGAGCUCAAAGCGGAUCUACGGGACUUCCUGAGGAAUAACUCCUGUGUGUCUGACGCGCGCCUGGAGGAGCUCCUGGCCCGCGCUCUCGAGGCCAGUAACUAUGGAGUGUCCAUCCUGGGUAACGACACCCAGCGUAGCUGGGACUUUGUGUCCUCCCUGUUCUUCACCAGCACCGUGCUGACCACAACAGGUUAUGGCCACACUGUUCCUCUCUCUGAUGGGGGGAAGGCUUUCUGUAUCUUCUACUCCCUCCUUGGCAUCCCUGUUACCCUCUUCUUCCUCUCUGCUGUGGUUCAACGGAUCAUGUCUGUGGUCACUCGUCGUCCGCUGUCCUACUUCCAUCGACGAUGGGCUAUGUCUAAGUCACACCUGGGAGUCAUUCAUGCUGCCUUCCUUGCCUUCAUCACGACCCUUAUCUUUGUAAUCAUCCCUGCAUGGAUUUUUGUCGCUCUCGAGAAAGACUGGAACUUCCUAGAGGCUCUGUAUUUCUGCUUCAUCUCUCUGACAACUAUUGGCCUUGGAGAUUAUGUACCAGGAGAAACUCACAGUAAAGACUUAAAUCCACACCCACACCUCUACCGGUUGGCCAUUACAGUCUACUUGCUGCUGGGCUUGGUGUGUGUCCUGGUUGUGCUGGAGACAUGUUGGGAGCUUCCCCAAAUGAAACGCUUCAGACAUAGAUUUUAUGAAGAAAACCUUCGGGAACUGGACUCAGAGACCACCAACAUCAUCGACCGUGAUCAAUUGAGCGACCAGCUGGCCGAUACUGCAGAUCAUGUGAUAGAUCACCCAGCAACCAUCCCUUCUGUGUCAGAACAGGCUGCAUCCAUACGACAGAACGGGAAGUCAGCGCCUUACACCCUGGCAUCAGGAAGUGCUCUUAACGGAAAACCGAGAUGA